CGACAAAUAAUUACAAAACGAUGCAGUUUGUUGCGAACAACCAAAAGGAAGAGGGGGAUUUUCAAAUUGAAGGCUACCAAAGUGAAGGAAGAUACAGGUCUCAGAUGUAACCAAGUAACCCUUAUCACACGUUCAGACACAUGUGUUUGGAAAGAACUGAGUAACACAUUACAAGACAAAAAGACACUAUGAAUGUAACCGAGGUGGAGGACCACAUCUCACUGAGAUAUGAAGUGAAGAGAAGACUCGGAAAGGGGGCCUAUGGGAUUGUGUGGAAAGCUGUUGACCGGAAGACCGGCGAGACCGUGGCUGUCAAGAAAAUUUUUGAUGCCUUCAGGAAUCGCACUGACGCACAGAGAACUUUCAGAGAAAUCAUGUUUCUCCAGGAGUUUGGAGAUCACCCCAACAUAGUCAAACUACUGGAUGUUAUCCGUGCCCGAAAUGACAAAGACAUCUACCUGGUGUUUGAGUAUAUGGACACAGACCUGCAUGCUGUGAUCAAGAAGGGCAACCUGCUGAAAGAUGUCCACAAGCGGUACAUCAUGUACCAGCUACUCAAAGCCACCAAGUACCUGCACUCAGGGAACGUCAUCCACAGAGACCAGAAGCCUUCAAACAUCCUGCUAGACACAGACUGCUUUGUGAAGCUGUGUGACUUUGGCCUGGCACGCUCCCUCUUCCAGACCCAGGAGGACGCGGGGAAUCCUGCUUUGACUGAAUACGUGGCGACCCGGUGGUACCGCGCCCCUGAGAUUCUCUUAGGUUCUGCCAGGUACACAAAGGGUGUGGACAUGUGGAGCGUCGGGUGCAUCCUGGGCGAAAUUCUGCUGGGAAAGCCGCUGUUCCCAGGCACCUCCACCAUCAACCAGAUCGAGAAGAUCAUGAGUGCCAUCCCCCAUCCCACACCCGAGGAUGUUAUCUCCAUCCGCUCAGAAUAUGGAGCCUCUGUGAUCCAAAGGAUGUUGCUCAGGCCCCAAGUUCCUCUUGAGGAGCUGCUGGGAGCUCCAGUGGAUGCUGAUGCUCUGGACCUCCUGAAGUGUUUACUGGUGUUCAACCCUGAGAAGAGGCUCACAGCAGAACAGAGCCUACAACAUCCAUAUGUGUCCAGGUUCCAUAACCCAGCCAAAGAGCCUGGUCUGGACUAUGAUGUCAUCCUCCCUGUGGAUGAUGAUGUCCAACUGUCUGUCACGCAGUAUCGCAACAAGCUAUACGAGAUGAUCACUGAGAAGAGGUAUAGUGGCUGGGUCCAGAAGCGCUGGCACAGGAGGAAGGAGGAGGAGCAGAAGGGACAGACAAAAGGCAGUUCAGGGUCCAGGGGAGACUGCUCCGAGAACGCGCUGGCAAAGUCCAACGGGACAUCCUCAAUCCCAAAGGAAGCUGCUAAAGUAGAAGGGGGAGGUGAUGGCGAAAAUAAGUCACCAAGUCUUUGGAAAGAGAGUUCUACAACGCAGCAGCCAGCAACCAGUCCAGUGCUACCACACAUACAGCCAGCCAAUGAAAAGAGUGGUGCGGCACACACGGUCGCACAAACAGCCAAUGAGAAGAGUGGUUCAGUCCCCACACAUACACGACCAGCUAAUGACCGAGUUGGUGUACUGUUGAGUCCUGGUGCACAGAAGACUACCUACAACCCCAUUACUCACGCUCCUAUGCUCUCCCAGCUGCAGCGCAAUGGCCUGGUCUACAGGAGGCAACCGCAGCAGGUCGCCACUGCUGAGCACAUCCCUAUCCUGCCAUCAGAGGGCGCUAAUGGGAACAUGGUUGGAGAUAAUGGCCGUGCGCGCGGACGCUCAGCUCCCGUCCCCCGCGUCCGUUCCUUCUCGCUGACACUGUCUCGUCCCCUCAACAACCCGCUGGUCCGCCGGGAUGAGCCCCCGGUGUCGUCUGGGCUGUGUGUGACCUCUGCGCGACUGAACCAGCGGUCCCCUUCUCAGACGCGUGAGGCCCGGCCACAGGUCAGAUUCAGCAAGAAAGUGUUCCAAAGCAACUCCAACGUCUCAGCUGCCGGAGACCCCCGGGCCAAACUGGGCAGCUAUUCGCAAGCCUACGGCACCAUCAACAAGACUGAACUGGACAACUUACUGAGGAGCCGCCAUCAGCACUAGCAUACAAUUAAUGCACUUAGACAUAAACAUUGAAAACAAACAAACAACCGAACGCACCAGCCCUGCAGCAUCAUCAGAAAGACUGACCAGGAUAUCAUGUUGAAAAGCUGCAACCAGCAUUCAAAACACACACACCCUUCCUCACAACAAUGCACAAAUGCAUAUGCACAACACAAUUAUGCAAUCACAAAGUGUUUUAUCUGCAUACAUUCAAUGACUGGCUUGCAAAUAAUACACAGAAUAUGUAUGCCCUUGUACAAAUAGACAGCACAUCAGUUUAGAGGAUAAAGACCAAGGCAAACAGGCAACUGUCAGGGAGACUAUUGUGAAGAGAAAAUACAUUAUUUUGGAUCACCAGAAAAUAUUUAUGGGAGGAAUUGGGGUUCAGCCAUGUGGACUUGGAUAAAAGUGUCUUUGAAAUUAAGCAUAAGACAUAAGAUAA